UCCAUGCUUGUCUUCCUGUCGGUUACCGGAAAUUCUCAAGCUUACAGCCUCAACCUGUCGGAAGAAUCCAGCAGCGAGGUCUCCGUGGCUCGGAACCUCCCGGUGGCCAUCCUCCCUCUGGCUCUGGCCCUCGUCGGUCCUCUGGUGGCGGUGUUCUUUGGCAGCCUAAAGCCCGUGCUCCUGACCCUCGGCCUCGUGUACCUCCUCCUGUUCGUCCUCACUUUCGUACCCACGCUGGGCGCCAUGGUACAGACCGGCUUCCGCGCUUUCGGCGACACCCUGGCGGCCGCCAUACCUCCGACCAUCGGUGAAGACCUGCUCAAAGCCACCGGACUCGAUGCCGAAGAAUGCCGUACCAGGGCAGUCUGUGAGAUCACCGAAGACGCUGUCCAGCGGUACCCUACCGUUGCGGCCAUGUUGAGGUCGUUGAGUGGGGCUGUCAGGGCUCAAGAUGGCUCCAAAUUCGUGCUCAAGGGACUGUUGGGUGGCCUCUCUGGGCUUGGGUGCGAGUCACUUUACGCUGUCUGCAAGCGGUCUCCUUUUGAAAGGGUUCUGAAAGCUCUGUCCGAACCAGCCGUUUGAGUGUCAGCCUUCCGUCUUUUUGUUGUUGUUGUUAAUAAAUUCUGGUAAAUACAGCACAUAUUUUACGUGUCGCUUGGCUAGGGAGCCUCAGUUGGCUUCUUCUUAGGCAGUACACAUCUAUAGACCUUUUUACCUUCCUCCGCAUGG